AUGAGUUAUAACAUUAAAAGAAAUCAAUUUUAUGUUGAAUUUAGGUUUUGUUAUUGCAUAUAUGCAUACAUAAUGAAAGUAUAUCUAUACCUUUUAACAGUUUUGUCACUGUUAAUAAGUUUAUCUUUUGCAACGGAACAAGGUGCUCCAACCAAAACCAAGCCACAUCCCGUACAUGGUAAUGAUCCAUCAUUGGUUACCUAUGCUGAUGGUACUGUUCGUGGUCUUGUUUUCGAUAAACAUCGUACAUUCUAUGGAUUACCAUAUGCUAAACCACCAGUUGGUGAUUUGAGAUGGCAAAAUCCAUUACCACCAAAUGUUUGGGAAGAUAUCAGAAAUGCAACAUACGAAAGAGAUGGUUGUCCACAGGAAUGUAAUCUUGCCAGUUUCGCUUGUCCAGUGCAAGGAACCAAUGAAGAUUGUUUGUUCCUCAAUGUUUUCACACCGAUUUCCAAUACUACCUCGUUGAAACCAGUGUAUGUGUUUAUUCCAGGUGGUGCUUUCACCGAUGGUUCAGCUGAUGUUCCUCUGUACGAUGGAAAACACUUUGCAGAGGCUGGAAUCGUUUUGGUGACAAUCAACUAUCGUCUUGGAAUUCUUGGAUUCCUUGGUAACGAAGAUAUCAAUCUCUCUGGAAACUAUGGAUUCCUCGAUCAAAUCGCUGCACUUCACUGGGUGAGAAAUCAUAUUUCUGCGUUCGGAGGUGAUCCCGACCAGGUUUCUCUCGGUGGUCAAUCGGCAGGUGCAAUGUCGGUAGUUGGACAUCUCAUCUCUCCACUCUCGAACGAUCUAUUCCAAUCUGUAAUCGUUGAGUCCUCCCCUACCAGUUUGGGAUUCAAGACCAUUCAAGAAGCAAAAGAUAACUAUGCCAUCUUCUCAAGGAAAGUUAAAUGCACAACAUUCCAAUGUCUUAAAGAUCUCUCAGCAGCCGAGAUUACCAAAAUCCAAAAUGAAAUGAGACAAACUCUGAAUUUAACAAAUCCAAUUGGAACUAUCACCCAAUGGACACCUGUAAUCGACGGACCAGUAAUUCCAUCACAGCCACUCGAUGCAUUCGAACAAGGUAAUUUCAACCAUGUUCCAGUGAUUCUUGGUGAAAAUGUUGAUGAAGGGGAUGUUUUUGUAUAUCCAUUUUUUAAAUUGAAAUUGGCUAAAAUAAUUUAUAACCAGAUUGUAAAUACAAUUUUCAGAAAGUAUUCAUCUGAAAUCAAGAAUCAAGUGUUGGAUCUCUAUCCAGGAGUAUCAUUGCCAGGAGACAACAGACCAAUUUUGGCUAGACUUUUGAAUGAUCUUUUGUUUAAAUGUCCAAAUCGUUAUAUGGCACGUGCUCUUUCCAAAAAUGGUGAUAUGACUUAUCUAUAUAGAUACACACAUGUCAACUCAUUCAAUGGAUCGUUACCGUUUUGUCAUACUUCUGCUUGUCAUGGUGAUGAAUUACCAUAUGUUUUCAAUAGUUAUGAUUUGAUUGGAUUCAAUGUUAGCGUUGAAGAGAGAGAAAUGGCUGCGAAUAUCUCCAACUAUUGGUACAAUUUCAUUGAGAAUGGUGAUCCAAAUUUAGGAGCCGAAACACCUGUUGGAUGGCCAAGAUAUAUUCAAAACGACAAGGCCUUGAAUGCUAUCAAGUUAAGAGUCAAAAUACGUAUGACCAAUCUUGACAAUAUCUCUGAAGGUUGUGACCUUUUCGAUGAGUUAGAUAAAGCAACAGAAAAUCUUCACUUUUACUAUUUUGGCAAAAAAAUCGAUUUUCAUUUCAACGUUCCUUGUUUCGAGUAA